AUGGCUCCCACGCCAGUCCACUUCUUCUCCCAUGGGUCGACGAUGAUGCUCGGCGAGGAAUCCACAAGCGCAGACUACUGGAAACAAUGCGGCGACGAAGCCCUCGCCAACGGCAUUAAAGGCGUGAUAAUGAUGGGAGCCCACUGGGAUGCCCGAGGCGACAUGAUCGAAGUCGCCAUGAACCCGGCCCCAGGCAAAUCGCCCGUAGCAUACGUUCACCCAUCCAAAUAUGUCGACUAUAAGCUAGUCGCGGACCUCGAGGGAGGAGAAAAGUGUCAGGCUCUGCUGAGAGACAAUGGAUUUAAUGUGAAGGAGAACAAAACCUUCGAGUGGAUCCACGACACAUAUCUCAUCCUCAUCCGGAUGUUUCCCGGUGGCUGCCCACCCACAACGAUAGUGUCGAUGAACGCCCGCUUCGACCCCCAUUUCCAUAUGCGAGUAGGCAGUGCCCUCCGACCACUCCGACACGAACGCUACCUCAUCAUCGGCACCGGCGGCGCAGUACACAAUCUCUACCGCAACGUCUGGGCACCCAUGCUCAAGUACCGGGACAACUUCGCUCAAGAGACCGCUCCGGAAGGCUGGGCGCUCGAGUUCAGGCAGAGCGUCGAGGAUGUGAUGACGCAGAACCGAGGACCGGCUUUGAGGAGAGGAAUUACGAGGUUGAUGAAGCAUCCGCAGUAUAGGGAUGCUCAUGCUACGGAUGAUCAUUUCAUGUCGGCUUGUUUCGUUGCUGGUGCUGCGGGUGAUUGGGAGGACGAGCAGCAGGAGAAGGGUAGACUGGGUGCUGAGACCUGGGAGUUGACUAAUAUGUGCAAUUCACAAUUCACACUCGGCUCCUGGGCAGGCGGCCAAGCGGUGUCUGCUGCUGCUUGA